AUGGACGGAGCUCCUAGAGGUCGUGGCGCGAGAGGGCGCGGUGCUAGAGGUCGUGGCGGCAGUGGCCGUGGCAGAGCUGGUGGUAGAGCUGGAGGCCGGGGCCGAGGUCGUGGUCGUGGACUUCCGGCGGAUUCGGGAGAGAGUGUGGCACCGAGUGUGCAUACUGCGUCGGUGACCCAGUCAGGUCAUGAUGACUUAGUGGUGGGUUUGCUGACGCAGCUGUUGGCUCGUUUUCCGCCAGUGGUUCCACAGGGGGCUCCGGGAGUACCUCCAGUGGCAGAGGUGCAGCAUGUUGCUGCAGGCGUUGCGCAGCCGGAGGCUGUGGAUGCGGGUGUGACCAGUUAUUUGGAGUUUAUGGGCCACAUGCAGAGGAUUGGUACGCCUUUCUUCGAGGGUAGAGUUGGUCCAGAGGAGGCAGACGCGUGGCGUCAGAGAGUGGAGCGGAACUUUCAUUCGAUCCGUUGUCCGAUAGAGUACUGGGUGGAGUUAGCGGUCCACUAUUUGAGUGGCGAUGCUCAUUUGUGGUGGCAGGCCGCGGUGGGCCGGAGGGCAUUUUGGACUUGGGGCGACUUCCUUGUGGAGUUCAACGCCAAGUAUUUCCCGAGGCAGGCUCGUGAUCGUCUUCAGAUGCGGUUUAUGGGCAUUGAGCAGGGUUCGCGUUCUGUACGCGAGUAUGAUGAGGAGUUCAGCCGUCUGUUAGUGCAUGCGGGCUUUGGUAUGGAGGCUGAGCAUCAGUUGACGAACAGAUUUCUGGAGGGACUUCGCAAGGAUAUUCGGACUCUAUGCAGGAGUAGUAUGCACACUUCGAGGGCGAGUCUGGUAGAGUUGGCCGCGUCGGUUGAGGCGGAUCUUGGUGGGCCAGUUGGUCCGGUGGCUGUGCCGUCAGCAGUUGCUUCUGCUACCCAGCCUCGGGGUCAGCAUCAGCAGCCGCGACAGCAGCAGCAGCAGCAGCGCAGAGGUGGUUCGAGUUUCAGUUCUGGUUCUGGCAGGGGCGGUUUGCCUGCGCAGGGUCAGAAGAGGAGUAGAGAGGAGUUUUCUGGUGCUAGUCAGUUUCCUCGUGGUUCGUGUUUUGGGUGUGGGAGCACGGAGCAUCGUGUUUCGAGUUGUCCCAAGAGGGAGUCAGCACCGAGGGUGUGCUACUACUGCAAGGAGCCUGGGCAUAUCAAGCCCAUGUGUCCUAAGUUGCGGAGUAUGUCGGUGGCUUCGGUUCAGCCAGUAGCGGCUCAGCCAGUGAGUCAGAUCGCAGCAGUGCAGCCGUUGGGUCAGAUUGCACCGGCGCGCGGGGUUACUCUUCGGUGGAGACUGGCGGGACUAGUCAGACCGGACAGAUCACAGUCUUGUGGAGGUUCUCAACGCAAUUGA